AUGUCUCACGCUACCGUCCACGUCUCUGGCAUCUCGCCAUCAACCUCCGAGAAGGAGGUUCGCGACUUCUUCAGCUUCUGUGGAAAGAUCGUCACCCUCUCCAUCACACCAGUCUCCGGAGAGCCUGAUGCCCCCAAGUCCGCCACAGUGACUUUCGAAAAGCAAGCCGCCGCAAAGACUGCUCUUCUCCUCGACCAAACCCAACUCGGCACCUCCACAGUCCAUGUCGAAGCGGCCCAUGACAUCGACGACAUCGCCGGAGCCGAAGGAACAACCUCCGAGGCCAAAGAAGAUGAGCACGACAUCGCCCAAGAAGAUAAACCCCGCUCCCGCAUCCUCGCAGAGUACCUGGCCCACGGAUACGUAGUCAGUGACCAGGCGCUCCAACAAGCCAUCACCCUGGACAAGAAGCACGGCGUCUCAAACCGCUUCACUACCGCCCUCGCAAACUUCGACAAGAAGUUCAAUGCCAGCGAGCGUGCCAAGGGUCUUGACGAGAACUACCAGAUCUCUAACAAGGCCAUCUCCGGCUGGCGAGGACUGAGCUCCUACUUCGAGAAGGCUCUCGAGCAUCCCUCCGGUCAGAAGCUGCGGGACUUCUACGUUCAGACUGAUAAGCAGGUGCGCGAUAUUCAUGCCGAGGCGCGUCGUCUUGCGGAUCUGAAGCAGGGGAAGAGUGGUGAGGAGGCUGCCACCUCUGCUGAGCCGGCUGCCGCCGCUUCUGAGCCUAAGGCGUAG